AUGGACGCCUCAAACGAUCUGCUCAAGAAACGAGAACAAUAUCGUGAACAAAUCCGCACCGCCCUAGAAGAAGAUCCGGAUCCGUUGUCCGCCUACGACAACUUCGUCAAAUGGACGCUGGAACAUUACCCCAAACAACACCUUGCGCAAUCCGGACUACUCGAGCUUCUGGAGGAGGCAACGCGGCAAUUUAAGGAUGACCCGGCGUACAAGGGAGACCUGAGAUAUCUCAAGCUCUGGUCACUAUACGCUGCCCAUGUCGAGGAUCCUACCGUGAUAUAUGCCCAUCUGCUGGCGAACAGCAUCGGUAUGGUGUAUGCGCAAACGUAUUGGGAGUAUGCUCUAGCACUUGAAUGUGCUGGAAGGCGACCGGAGGCCGAGACAGUAUACAAGCAAGGCAUCCAGCGGCGGGCACGCCCGGUAGAUCCUCUGAAACGACGCUACGAAGAGUUCAAGCAUAGAGGCUCGCCGCCGACGAGCAUUGCCAGUACCAAUGCUGCCCUAUGGAAGGGAGCCCCGUCGUCAACAAGAGCAUUGCGACGAAAUCCCCUCAGAUACCAUGCAUCCGACUCUCCUUCUGCCCCCGCUUCCGCCACUGCUGCUCCUCAAUCCGCAUCUCCAGUCCCUCCUACAAGCCAACCCUCAUCUGCUGACCAGAAACGUGAACGGUAUGCUUUGAUGCUCGCACCGCCCGUCCCCGGAAAGCGUCCGGAGAAGCUACGCUUCAACUUAUCGUUGCUCUUCACGGAGGACGGAACGGAGUACAGUAUGCAGGAGGCGCGCGCCCGUUCAAUGGGACUCCUAGGCAAGAAAUGGGGUCCCCCUGCCGAAGCAGCAGCUGUGCGCGUGAACUUCAAGGAUGGACCGAGUACGAGUAGCAACCGUACGGGAACGACACGGACCAUGCGCAAGGGCUUCGAGCCGACGGUCACGCUAGCCACGAAAGAGGCACUCGCAGACGUGUUUGGGAUGUACAACUCACCGGAGAAAUCAAUGCGAUUCGGUGCGGUCGCGGGAAGCAAAUACGCUCCUGUGCACAAGGUUGCGCCUGUUACGCCGAUGUCGCUCGAGAGCCAGUUCCGUGCGGCCAGUAGCGAGAAUGCCCUAGCGGCUGCCAAGACGCCAAAGAACAACGAAAACGCAAUGAUGCCUGUCAAGACGCCAAAGGCAAAUGAGAACGCAAGCGUGCCGGUGAAGACACCAGUAUGGCGACCAUUCGUGGAUGAGAAUGCGGAGAGUACAACGCCUGCACCCCCACCCAAGUACAAACCCUUCGUCGACGAGCAGCGGCCUAGCAAGCUGCCUACAUUCACCCCCAACCCCGGACGCAAAGCCCUCUCUCUCAAAGACGCCUCCACGCCAGCGCAACCCGCCAAGGAUGAGCUUUCGCAGAGCACGAAGACUCCGGGAGCGUUCAAGCCCGCCCCAGUAUUCUCUGCUGUUUUCACUCCUGUUGCCGAGGUUCCAAGAGAACGUCCUGCGGCGCGUCGGGACACGGAGCCAGAACAGCAACCUCCGUCGAGGACGACCAGCACAUCUCCCGCAGAAUGCGGGACUGUCUUUACGCCAUUCCGCGAUCCAGAGCCGCCGAUGAAGGUCUUCAGCCGACCACCCACACGCAAUGAAAACCCAUCCGAGCCUACCCCGCCUUUGCAAUCGAGCACAUUCGAAGUUCUUGUUGACGGCGACGACGACGAUGCAGCUCCUGUGCCCCUUCAGGUAUUGGGUGAACGGACACCUUUGAGAGCUGCGUUCGCUGCGCCUGCAGUCGACGAGCCUGGGGACGAUGCCACGCAGCAGACGCUCGAAGACUCAUACGAGGAGGAUGACGAGGAGUACGAUGAAGGCGUGCCAGAGGAUGCCGCGCUGGUGCCUGCACCUCUUUCCAGUGAGGAGGGCGAAGAUGAUAGCAUGUUCGACGAUGGGGAGGACCUUGCAUCUCGACCGACUCCGCUUGGCGGGAGGUUUGGCAAAUUCGAUGUCUUGACACCUAUCGCUGAACGGACACUCGAGUAUGCCACGAGUUCGCGCUCAACCCCGAACGAUACGAGGGACGGGAGGCCCAUGCAUCAGGAUCCCGUCGAGGUUGCGGAGCAGCUUGCGGCAGAGCUGCGCGAGGAAGAGGAAGCAGAGGAACGCGAGAAGGCCAACGGACUCACCGAUAUCGAGGAGAGGACGGGUACACUCAGCCUGACGGACGCCUUGGCUGUCGCGUCGUCAUUCCAACCCGCGAAUCCCUGCAAUCCGUUUGACCCGCCUAUCGUGAAGACGCUGCUGUCGUUGAUCCCUCCUGACCACGACUUCCACGAUCUUAGGCAGCAGGACUCGGGUCGGUUAGAAGCCAUGCAGAAGUUCGCGAAGAAAAAAUCACGUCGGAACAGUGGGAACACUACUGGUAGAUUGACCGAAGACUUGGAGACUCUGGAAGUUAAUCUCUUAGAUCAACGCUUCGGGAUCCUGGGCAAACUCGGCGAAGGUGGAUUCGGAACAGUCUUCGAAGCCGUCGAUCUCGACAAACAAGAGGAGCUGGACGAAGCUGAUGACGUUGAUCUGGACGCAGAAGCGAAAGCUCAUGUCGCCCUGAAAGUCGUCAAGCCGCGCAAUCUAUGGGAGUUCCACGUCUUGCGACGUAUUCACCGAACACUGCCCUCUAAACUUCGAGAGUCGAUCAUCACACCGCAGGCUUUGUACGCCUUCCGAGACGAGAGCUUCCUCGUGCUCGAGCUACGCAAGCAGGGGACCCUUCUGGACGUUGUCAAUCGUGCGGCGCAGAAUGGCAUGACCCAGCAAGGCGGCUGUCUCGACGAACUGCUUGUCGUCUUCUUCACCGUCGAGCUCAUGCGCCUGCUGGAAGGCUUGCACCGCGCGGGAUUCAUACACGGCGACGUCAAGAUCGACAAUUGCCUUCUGCGGCUGGAAGAUGGGCCUGACGGGCUCACCACAUGGUCGAGCAUCUACCAACCUUCGGGCGAAGGCGAUUGGUGCCUCAAGGGCAUCAAGAUGAUCGACUUCGGACGGACGAUCGACACACGUCUCUUCCCCGCCGGUCAACAGUACAUGGCGGAGUGGCCGACAGAUGCGAGGGACUGCCUGGAGAUGAGGGAGGGUCGGCCGUGGACGUUCCAGACCGACUACUUCGGUCUCGCGGGCAUCAUCUACUGCAUGUUGUACGGCAAGUACAUCGAGGCAUCGUCGGUGACCCUCGUGCCGGGGACGGAGAAUCGGUACAAGCUCGCAACGCCGUUGAAACGAUACUGGCAGGGCGAGCUGUGGACGCGGGUCUUCGACCUCCUACUCAAUCCUUGCCUCGUGCGGGAUAACGGGCAACUGCCAGUUUGCGACGAACUCGCUGAACUGAGAGUGGAGCUGGAGGGUUGGCUGCAGACUAACUGCAAUCGAGCCUCCAAUACGCUGAAGGGUCUGCUGAAGAAGUUGAACAAGGUGGCGAUGGGCGGGGCCAGAUGA